AUGAGGCCCGCCUCGGGCCAUUCUCCUUCGAAGCCCAAGGAUAACGUCAUCCCCGAGAAUGUAGGCCAGCGCGGACGGCAAGAUGGCGGCUCCCAAGACGACACUCUCUGCUUUCGAGGCAUCGUGAGGAUGGAGGCGUUCAAGUCUCCGACCCUCUUUUCAUCGUGGGUCCUGUUAUUGGUGUGUGGUGUGCGGGGGGAGUACAUCCCGCCGGGUCCUAAGUUCUCCUGCCCCCCAAACUGGGAAGUUUAUUUCCAUCCGUGCACGUGCGAUGGGGGCGGGGACAGGGGGAUCUUCGUCACGUGUCGCAACGCGAACUUGGCGAUGAUAGGGGUGGGGCUGAAGGGCGUUCGGAAGCCGAUCGACACGUUGACGAUCGAGGGGGCGCCGAUCCGGCGGUUGUACGGCGAUGCGAUCCGGCAUCUCCGGAUCGUGAAGUUCGCGGUGCGAGACACGCCGAUCCGGAGCGUGUCGGGCGAGUUUUUCCACCGGGUGAACCUGACCCUCGAAGAGGUCGAGCUGGUCGGGACGAAGCUGGAGGCGGUGCCGGUCGAGGCGCUCAAGAGUCUCGCGAAGCUGAAAGUGCUGAGACUCGACGGGGGGGAGGUCGCGGAGGUCCCGGAUGACGCGUUCGAGGCGAACUCCAAGCUGGACACGCUGGUGCUGGCGAAUCAGAAUCUUUCAGGUCUGUCGGGAGACUCCUUCGCGGGCCUGAGGUCCCUGGAAAGGCUCGACCUCCACGGGAAUCGACUGGCCGCGGUGGACCGCGGGGCGUUCCGCGCGUUGAAAGACGUCUCGUUCCUCGACCUCUCGCACAAUCGAUUCCGGGAUCUCAAGCCGGCGUAUUUCCAGGAUCUGUCGAAGAUGACCUGGUGCAACAUGUCGCACAACGCCAUCCGGGAUUUCGGGCACAGCGCGUUCGCCAGGAACACGCUCUUGAGGGUGUUGCACAUGGAACACAACGAGUUGACGCGGAUCCAGACCGGCGACUUCCGGACCAUGCGGUUCAUCCGGCGGCUGUACUUCGGCGACAACCGGAUCCGGGAGAUCGAGCGGUCGGCCUUCACGACCAUCAGCCGGAUCGGGACGCUCGACUUCGCCCGGAACCGACUCACGUCCCUGGACUUCCGCACGUUCCAGGGCCUCAAGUACUUGGAGUUGGUGGACCUGGCCGAGAACAAUCUCACGGAGAUCGGGCGGGAGACCUUCGUGGAACUCUAUCUCGUCGCCAUCAACAUCAGUCAUAAUCAGAUCGCGACGAUCCAGCCGAACGCCUUCUUGCAAUGCACGAACAUCACGCACCUGGACCUGUCGCACAACCAGCUCACGACGAUCUCGGGGAAGAGCUUCGACCACCUGAGCGACGUGACGGAGCUGAACGUGACGUACAACCGGAUCGGGAGCCUGGGGCACCUGCCGCUGGGGAACUUCACGGGGAUCCGACGGAUCGACGCGAGUCACAACGCGAUCGUGGACGUGCCGAAGGGGACGUUCCCGAAGCUGUACGAGCUGCACACGAUCGACUUGAGCUGGAACGAGUUGAGGGAUGUCUUCCCCGGCGUCUUCACGACGCUGUUCAGCCUCAGGAGUUUGAAUCUCAGUCACAACGCGUUGGAGGAGAUCAAGGGGACGGUGUUCGGGGCCAUCCCGACGCUGCUGGAGCUGGAUCUCGGUCACAACCGACUCGCGCGGGUGAGUCGGGGCGCGUUCGGGAGUCUGGUGUCGUUGAGGUCGCUGAGGUUGGAGGAGAAUCGGAUCGACCAGGUCGUGCAGCCCCCGAUCUCGCUCAACGAGUUGUAUCUGCAAGGGAACGCGAUCUCGGGGAUUCGGCCGGGGUUGACCUGGCCCACCAUGAACUCGCUCUUGAUGCUCGACCUGUCCCGGAAUCAACUCGGGGACAACUUGGAGGCCAGGGCCUUCGAAAACCUACAGAUUCUCAGGUGGCUGAACCUGGCCGAGAAUAACAUGACGAAGAUCCCCGCCCCGGCCCUCCAGGACCUGACGGGCCUCCAGUACCUGAACCUGGAGGGGAACGGCAUCGUCGAGAUCCCGAAGGAGGGAUUCGGGGAGCUCCUGGUCCUGUUCGACGUGAACCUGUCGGGGAACGGGCUGAGGAACGUCAGCGUGAACGCGUUCAAGGGUCUCCUGCAGCUGGUGCGGCUCAACUUCAGCCAGAACGAGAUACGGGAGAUUCCUAUGGGGGCGUUUCGAGGUCUGAAAUCUCUGCAAGUCCUGGACCUGUCCCAUAAUUAUAUCGAGAGUCUGGACAAUAAAACCGAUGGAGUAUUGGACGACCUCCUCUCCAUCAAAGUGGUGAACCUGAGCCACAACCAGGUCGGGUUCGUAGCACCGAAAACGUUCCCACACCACCGUUACAUCCCGUACCGCCUCGAAGAAGUGGACCUGAGUCAUAACGUGAUCCCGGUGCUCACCAGGGACUUGGGGCUCGGGAUGCAGAGGAUCAAGCGACUCAAUCUCGCCUCCAAUGCCAUCAUCGACAUCCGACCUGGUGUUAUAACGAAUUUGAGCACCCUGGAGGAGCUGGAUCUCUCGGGGAACGAACUGAAACAGUUCGGGUCAAAUGAAGCGGCCAACCUCACUCAACUGACCAAACUGAAUCUGGCGAGAAACCAGCUCGGCUCCAUCAAUGCAGACGAAAUGGCAAAGUGGAGCAACAUGAAGCUCUUGGAUCUAAGGGAUAACCAGCUGAGGAGGUUUUACGACGAACUCGUUCCUCAGAUCCAGAACGGUACUCGAGUACUGUACAACGGGAACCCAUUGAACUGCGACUGCUCGCUGCGACCCCUGCUGCACUGGCUGCUGCUGCGAGAGGACAGGGCCCCGUGGGACAAUGACACCUGCAUCUCUCCGCAGGAGGUCGCCGGCACGAAAAUCUCGGAUCUGGACGAGCGUGCCUUACGCUGCUCCCUCAACAGGAACAGUAUAGAUUAUCAGGUCCUGCCUGAUGUACGUUUCAGGCCGUUCUCCAAGGUGAAUGGAGAGUUCCAAGUACAGUGGCUGGUCUCCAAGCAGACAGAAGACAUAGGAGACUUCACGGUUCGUGCAGAACCUCUCGACCCCGAAGACAAAGCGCGAUCGGCUCUGCGAGAUGUCUCAUAUUCAGGAAGACAGGUCAGGUUCUCGGACCUCCGAGUGGGAUCCACCUAUCGCUUCUGCAUCCUGCCCAGAGACUCGCUGGGGAGCCCAAAAGGGAGCGAGGAGUGCGAGACCGCCGUUGUGACGGCUGCAUCACCCGCUAAAGCGUCGUCUACUGGGCUAGGCUUCCUGGCCACCUUCACUGUGAUUUUGCAUUUCCUUUUGACCUGAUCUACCGCGAUUAAGUGUGAUAAUUUGCCAAAAUAAAGUGCAAAAGAAUGACC